UCGUAAAUGGUUGUAAAUUAUAUAUGAAAGAUUCAAUGUAAAUGUGCAAAAACAGAGUUGUAAAUGGACAGUAUUGACAUAAGUUAAAGUGCAUGAGUGUAGAAACUAGUUUAGAUUAGUUAAUUAACAAACUAUACUUUUUGAAAGAAAUGUGCUGGAGGAGCCAAAUAAACCCAGAGGGGCUUGUCGAGUGGCCCUCCUUUGUCUGUUACAUUGGCGAGAAUGCAGGUGUUAUGAUUAUAGUUAGUUAUGUCACACUUUUCCCGCAAGAUGUCAUUACUGACUGAAAUGUUACCUUCGGUUCUGAAAGCUCUCUAAAAAAAAACCUGAUUAUUGAAUUGAGGGACGUAGGAUAUUGCCCCAAACUGGCAACCUUUUGGGGGAAUUUUCUUUACAUACUGUCCCCAAGUUAUAAUCGUAAAGUAGUUAUAACCUGGCACCUGUCUAGCAUGGUCUUCGAUGAGAGUGCUACAAAAAAAGUGAACAUUUAAUAAAAAAAAAAUUCCAGCAUUUAAUUAUUUUUAAACCAUGAAAAAAUAUGUCACCCCUUCAAUCAUAGGGACGUUCUAAAAAUGUUUUUUUGGGGGAUCUUUAUCGUUUCAUUUUUUUAUUUUUUUCUGCCCUCUGAGCACAGACGCUCAGCAGUUACGUUGUUUACGUUGACGACGUCACGGUUUCCACGACAACGGAACCUGACAGUAGUUCUCCCCCCUCCCCUCCCCACUCCCUCCCUCAAGCAGAAUCGUUAUAAAGAUUUUAAUCCACUCAGUGUAAGCAGAGGCAAAACACCACAACACCUGAGGCAAACAUGGGCCUGUUGUCCAUUCUUCGAAGGAUGAAGCAGUCUCCAGAACAGGAAGUGCGCUUACUGCUGCUGGGCUUGGACAAUGCUGGCAAGACUACUAUGCUGAAACAGCUGGCAGCAGAAGAUAUUAGCCACAUCACCCCCACACAAGGCUUCAAUAUAAAGACCGUUCAGUCGUCUGGCUUCAAGUUAAAUGUUUGGGACAUUGGAGGUCAGCGCAAGAUCCGCCCCUACUGGAGGAAUUACUUUGAGAACACAGACGUGCUGAUCUACGUGAUUGACAGCUCAGACAAGAAAAGGUUUGAAGAAUCAAGUAUGGAGCUGUCUGAGCUGCUGGAGGAGGAAACGCUCGCUGGUGUGCCACUGUUAAUCUUUGCUAACAAGCAGGACCUGAUGACAGCCACCUCAGCGUCUGAGCUGGCUGAGAGUCUCAAUCUGCACACGAUCCGGGAUCGCAUGUGGCAGGUCCAGGCGUGCUCAGCAAUCACAGCUGAGGGAGUGCAGGAUGGCAUGACCUGGGUCUGCAGAAAUAUAUCUUUCCGGAAAAAAUAACCCUGGAAGGUGAAAUAACCUUGAAGAAUUGCAAUGCACUUUAAAUUUGAACUUCAAAGUCACAGGACGGUGAUGGAAAGGUGUGAUUAUUAUGUUAUUUUUAUAAAAAAAACUGAAAAAUGUACAUUUUCUUCAGAAGGCAGUAUGAAACAUUUUUAUAGUGUCUGCAAAUGCAGCUAUUCCAAACAUCAACUUUUUAUUGCUGUUGGUCCUUGUCUUGAAAUGUAAAUACUGUAUAUAUCAGACAGUGUUAUUCUUUAAGCAGGUCCUGCACACACUAACUUUUUUUUGUAAUUUUUUUAUAAUAAGGGAUUGUAGGUGCUUACUGUCUGAAUGAAAAUGUUUUUUCUGUGUGAGAUGAAGUCAUGAGAUAAACAGUGUGGUUUGAAUACCUGUGAUUCACUCUACUUAAAGCUAGAGGGCGACCUCGCGCUAAUGUUGUCUACUAAAGCCUCAUGCUUUUAACUAACUCUGUAAGUUUCUCUAAGUGAUGUGGCAUCUUGUGCCAUAUUUGAUUUGAUCAGUCUUAAAUAAAUAUACCAUGAUUUAUUGCCAA